AUCUGCUCCAGCGCUAGCGGAAGCUGCGGUUGCUGCUCUCCUCGGUCCUACCUCGAGUACCCCUUUCCUAAGAUGUUCCUCAGACGAGCACUCGUUCUUGCAGCCCUUGCUGCCUCUGCACAGGGCUUCACCAUCGCCCGUGUCCCCACUCUCAGGGGAUCGCGCUCUGCUGCCGUGAAUGUUCGCAUGGCUGACUUCGACGGCGAGAAGCUUGCCUCCAUGAUCGAGAAGAAGAACAUCGAUCACUUGAUGGAGGGCAACCGUGUCUUCAGGGAGAGCAUGUUGAAGCAGGACAAGGAUUACUUCAGCAAGAUGGCCAAGGGACAGAGCCCCAAGUUCUUGUGGAUCGGAUGCAGUGAUGCUCGUAUCCCAGCCAACGAGAUUCUCGGACUUGAGCCUGGCGAGAUUGUAGUUCACCGCAACGUUGCCAACCAGGUCGUCAACACUGACAUGUCCUUGAUGGCCAUCCUUCAGUUCGCAAUCGAGUACCUCGAGAUCGAGAACAUCAUUGUUGCUGGUCACUUCGAGUGCGGUGGAGUCAAGGCUUCCAUGUCCAUGAACGACCAUCUUGCUCCGCUUGAGAACUGGGUUCGCCAGGUCCGCGAUGUCCAGCGCCUCCACAAGGCUGAGUUGGACAGCAUCUCCGACCCCAAGGCCCGCGAGCGCCGCUUGAUCGAGCUCAACGUUUUGGAGCAGUGCAACAACGUCUACAAGGAGGCUGUUGUCCAGAGGAGGAGGACUUACACCAACCUUCGCACUGGCUUCCCCAAGCCCCGCAUCUUCGGCUUCACUGUCGACCCCGCCACUGGCGAGCUCAACAACCUCAACUUCGACCCCGAGACCAGCAUGUCUCCUGAGGUCAGGAACAUCUACGAGCUCUACGAUCAGAAGGCUGCCAAGGAGGCCUACGCCGACAAGGACGAGCCCUACAAGAAGCGCCCAAGCACCUGGAGACUUCGCCGCAUGUACAACCGCCAGCCUGCUGGAGUUGAGCCCCCCCCCGAGGACUUCCGCCUCAAGUCCCUCUUCUCCAAGCUUGAGGUCGAGAUGAUGAGACGCAAGGAGACUGAGAGCACCCUCAAGAGCGCUCUCGAGGAGUUGCAGGAGAUCAAGAAGCUCCUCAUUGGCAGUGACAGGGAAGUAAACGAGCUGCAGGAACCAGCCAGCACCCUCUCUGAGCAGGAGGUGGAAGUUGUGGCUGAGUCCAAGGAGGAGGUCAAGGCUUCGAUUCAGACUGAGGAGAAGGAGAAUGAGCCUGAGGCAAAGAAGGAGGAGGAGCCUGCCAAACCUGCUGCUGCUGCAAAGGAGCAGAAAAAGGAGGGUGGAUUCUGGUCCUUCAUCAAGUUGUAAGGCUCUUAUUGUGUGAUCUCUUGUGUAUGCUUAGUUAUCAUAUUUUGUUUCUCAAUAUAUUGGAGAAUUCAAA